AUGAAAGUUUCUUUGGAUCGAUCUUGUUCUGUUUUUGGUUUGAAUGACACCGAAAUACAGGCGCUAUCGAAACGUUUCGAAAACAGUGUUAAACCCGUGGUGAAUGGUGUUAUGGUAUCAGCCUCUCAUCUUGUUAUGCUAAAUACCUUGGCACAAUUGAGCUAUAAAGUUGUUUACAGUUGUGGAAAAGCUGAAACCUGUUGGACUAUGCAACGUGAAAUCUAG